AGUCCUUUGGGUAUGGAAGGGACAUGCAUGCACUUUAUGUGGACUCGAGGUCUUGGUUAGACGAGUGAAUUCUGAACAGCUCGUCAGCGAGGUAUCUUUCUUCUCGUCCAGCAGCCAUGUCGAGAACAAUAUGGACUCAGCGCAUCAACACCCAGUUGCAACAUACAGUACCUGUUACCCAUACCCAUAUCAAGGCCAGGUCAAGACAUGACAAUGCGGUUCAGAACCAACGUGGCGGCAAUGGUCCUCUCAAAGGUGUCAAAAUCCUCGACUUGACCCGAGUACUGGCUGGACCCUUCUGUACUCAGAUACUGGCCGACUAUGGUGCCGAAGUCAUCAAGGUUGAGCACCCUACAGGUGGUGACGACACCAGAACCUGGCGUACACAGAAAGAGAACCGUUUGUGGAACGAGAAGGGCAAGUCGAUGUCCGCCUACUUCAGUACCAUAAACCGCAACAAGAAGUCUAUCUCACUCAACCUCAAACACGAAAAGGGACGCAAAAUCUUCUUCGAGCUAGCUGAAAAGGCCGAUGUUGUGGUUGACAACUUUAUCCCUGGGAAAAUGGACGAGCUCGGUAUCGGGUAUGAUGUUCUGCGGGCCAUCAACCCCUCCAUCAUCCACGCGAGCAUCUCAGGCUAUGGAACUUCAGGGCCAUAUGCUAAGCGUGCUGGAUACGAUGUCAUUGCUGCAGGAGAGGCCGGUCUUCUUCACGUCACAGGAGAACCGAAUGGACCUCCAACCAAGCCUGGUGUUGGCCUGACAGAUAUGUGCACAGGACUCUAUCUCCAUGGUGCAAUACUUGCAGCUCUUCACACGCGUCAGCAGACCGGCGUUGGACAGAAGGUGGACGCCUCUCUCUUCGAAACUCAGAUUUCUGUACUUGCCAACGUGGCGAUGACCUGGCUCAACACAGGUGAAGAGGCGAAGCGGUGGGGCACUUCCCACCCUAGUAUCGUCCCCUAUCAGGCGUUCAAGACGAAGGACUCCUAUCUCGUUCUUGGGGCAGUGAACAACAGGCAGUUCAAGAUACUGUCGGAGCGUCUGGGCUUGCCUGAACUUCCAGAAGAUGCACGAUUUGUGGACAAUGACACACGAGUACUCAACCGUGAGGCAUUGAAACCGAUCUUGGACGAGGCCUUUGCUGCGAGAAGCACUGGCGAGUGGCUGGCUAUCUUUGAGGACAGCGGCAUGCCGUACGGCCCUAUUAACACUCUACAAAAGGCCUUCGCGCACCCACAGAUCGAGGCCCGGCAAAUGGUCGAGAUUGUCCCACAUGAGGCUGCGGCAUCUGGAAGCAUCAAGAUUCUUGGCAUUCCUGUAAAGUACAGCAAGACCAAACCCUCUAUUCACAGUCCACCGCCGCUACUUGGUGAGCACACCGAUGCUGUGUUGCAAGAACUUGGCUACUCGGGACAAGCAAUAUCAGAAUUGCGGACGGAAAAGGCAGUGUGA